AUGAUCCCAGCGACCGCGCCUUACGGAAUGCCACCGUUCGAUGCUUCCUACUUCAACUAUGCCGCCUAUCCGUUGAAUCAAAUGUAUCCGCAGCCGAAUUAUUGUCCGGACUACAGCAAAUCGGAUUCGAACUCGGAUGAGUCAAUGAGCGACAACAAAGUGGAUCACAAGUUGUCACCAAAGUACCGCGAGAAGCGAAUCAAGAAUAACGAGGCGGCGAAGAAAUCCCGAUUGAAUCGGAAGCAGCGAGAGAAUGAAUUGCGUGAGUGCAACGCGAAAUUGAAGGCCGAUAACGAUGAAUUGCGCAAGAUGGUUAUGGAAUUGAAAAGAGAACUUGAAGCUGAACGCGCACAUCGUUUCAACGAGCAAAUGGUCCCGAAUUGCGACGAGAACAAGUAUCUUCCUCUUCGCGACGUGACCAAUCAACAACCAACAACACAUAUGCAGCCAAUGAACCCAAACGCGCAAAUGAUGAACCCAGACCAUAUGCAAUUCCCAUAUAAGAGCCUAUAG